AUGCGCUUGCCAUCUCCGUCGCUCGAUUGCCGCUUCCCUGCUGGCGGCGCUCUCGUUUCGUGCGCCCUCGUGUUUCGUGCGCCCUCGUGUUUCGUGCGCCCUCGUGUUUCGUGCGCCCUCGUGUUUCGUGCGCCCUCGUGUUUCGUGCGCCCUCGUGUGCGCGACCGUUACGCGCAAGUGCCAGCCACGACGGAGGUCGAGGAGCGCCCGACGGAGGCCGUCGAGUCGACGGCGACGGAGGGCGCGCGGCCGCUGCGCAAGUUCAAGCUGCGCGAGGUGCGCGAGAUGUGCGACGGGUUCUCGUCCAAGUGCCCCGUGCUGGGCGAGGGCUCCUUCGGCACCGUCUACCGCGGCUCGGCGGACCUCGACGGGCGCGCCGUCGACGUGGCGGUGAAGCGGCUCAGCGCGGAGAGCCAGCAGGGCGUCGACGAGUGGCUGGCGGAGGUGCUGAUUCUGGACCGGCUGCGCCAUGCGAAUCUGGUGGAGCUGCUGGGGUACUGCAAGGAGAAGGGCGAGUGCCUGCUCGUCUACCACUACUACGCCAACGACAGCGUUGAAACAGCCCUCUUCAAUCGCAAGCGCGCGGGGCAGGAGCCGUUCUCGUGGGAGCGGCGGGUGAGCGUGGCGUGGCAGGCGGCGGAGGCGCUGGCGUAUCUGCACGCCAACGACGUGAUUCACCGCGACUUCAAGCCCUCCAACGUGCUGCUCGAUGCGGACUGGACGGCGAAGCUGAGCGACUUUGGGAUGUGCAAAGAGCAGGAGGCGGGCAAGUCACACGUGUCCACGCGCGUCAUGGGCACUCUGGGGUACCUCGACCCUGACUACAUGGAAACAGGGCUGCUGCGGCAGAGCUCGGACGUGUAUGCCUUCGGGGUGUUCCUGCUGGAGCUGAUCACGGGCAAGCGCGCGGUGUCCGACACGGGGCAGCCGCUCACCAGCUGGGUGUUCCCCUUGCUGGACCAGAAGAAGCCCGAGAUCGACCUGCUGAUCGACUCGGCGCUGGAGAGCAGCUUUGACCGCGAUAGCGCGCUCAAGAUCGCCGUCAUCGCCAAGUUCUGCAUCGGCGACGAGGAGCUGCGCCCCGAGAUGACCGCCGUCGCUGAGAGGCUCAAGAAGCUUGUUGUCUCGUGA